AUGACUGAUGACUCGCUGAAAUAUCCACCGGACAUACAAAAACUAUUUCAACCAAAACCACCACUUGUGUACAUUCCACCCAUCGACUAUCCUCCCGAGGAGAGGUCCACUUUACCUAUUACCCCAAUAUCAAACUACAAGAGUCAUGUGAAGGAUUAUUUAGAACAUGAACUACCCAAAAGAGAGUCGCUCACUGAAAAGCCCGAGUUGUCACAACACAAGAAGAAGCUUUUGAAAGCUAAUGACAAAAGACAAAAGCAAAAGGACUCUUUUGAUCGCCAGUUGCGUGAUUGGAAUGACCCCGAGCUACUAGCCAAACAUGAAGCCGAAAUCAUGAAGGAUCCUUACAAGACUGUAUUUGUUGCACGGUUGGAUUAUAGUUUGAAAGAAAUUGACUUGUCCAAUUACUUUAGAAAAUUUGGUGUUAUUGAGUCAGUUCUGAUCAUUCGUGAUCAUGAAAAAAGGAGCAAAGGGUAUGGCUUCAUUGUCUAUGAGAGAGAUAUUGACGCGCAGGCGUGUGUUUCGGAGUUAUCGCGGACUGGAGUGAAAUUAAAAGAAAGAACUAUAUUGGUCGAUAUUGAAAGAAGUAGGGUUUGGCGGAAUUGGAAACCUAGACGGUUAGGUGGAGGAUUGGGUGGCAGGGGAUACCUGAAAGAGGGAAGGGUGGCUUCAGCCGCAGCAAGUGGACGGCGAUUGCACAUUGCUAAUAACUCAUCAGUACCUCCUCAUUUUCCACCAAGCAAUGUCCACAAACAUAACCCGCCUGCUUAUAUAUCCCCUGCCCAUGCCUACACUCCCCCGGCAAACGUGCCGUCACCUUCGAAAUAUCAACCUAUCAGCCAGCCAAAGCCAUAUAGCUAUAAUUCAACUCAAACAUCAUCUGGUAGAUCUAUUCGAAGUAUCAGAGGCGGAGAAUAA